AUGGCUAACAACGUGACCGCUACCAGAGAAGCUACAAGGCGUACUCACACUUACAGUUUCCAUCGCGAAGGCUUGAUUCAGUUGGGGCAAUUGGGUGGAUUGAUCACUGGUCAUAAUAAAACUGUGUUCACUGAGAAUUACGGAAACAUCUUGACCCUUUUGGACUCCCACGUCGACGAAUGGGAGAAACCUGAUUUGAACAACAUUGCCAACGCUCUUUAUUUGAGCAUAGAAGACGUUCUUGGGAAUUGGAAGAAGAAUGGUAACACUCAUGGUUUCUAUAUGAGUUUCUUGGUUGAGAAGGCCCAAGAGUUGGCCAACAAAAAUAUGUGGGAGGCCUUCAACGCCCUUCUGGCCGUUUUGAUUUAUGGGAUCGUGAUGUUCCCUAACAUUCACAAGUUCGUUGAUCUGGCUGCUAUAUGUCUUUUUGUGGAGAAGAAUCCGGUCCCUACUUUGCUAGCCGAUACGUACUAUUCUGUUCACUCUCGAUAUGGGAAAGGAGGAGCCAUAAGAAAUUGUUUGCCGUUGUUAUACACCUGGUUUAAGUCCCACCUACCUACAAGUGGUCCUUUCGUUACUUCUACUCAGAAAUGGCAUCAAAGGAUCAUGGGGCUUACUGGAAAUGACAUUGUCUGGUGUCCUACUGGGAUGGACGUAGAGAAGCCUUUGGACAAAGAGAUAUUUGAAUCCGCUUGCUUUGAGAAGGGAACUGAUCUAAAAGGUUUAGAAAAAGUGGUGAGUGCCUGGAAUGACAUCCAUACAAGUGAUCAGAUUUCUCUAGGUGAAAAGAAUGCCGUUGCCAAACAAGCCUACACGGAUUGGGUUGAGGAUAGAGUUAAAGAUCGUCUGUUGCCUUUCCCGAAGGUUAAUCCAUUGUACAAGCAACCACCUAAGGUUCCAACUGCCAUUAUGCCUGCUGAGAAUUGCAUCCCGGUAGAUAUGGAAUGCACCCAAUUGCACGAAAAGAAGUCAGAUGCGCAACCGAAACAUUGUCUUGUGGACCAGAAAAAGGUUGAGUUGACACACGAAGCCAAAAUGCUGAAAGGAGGAUCUUCCAGAGUUCAAAAGAGGGCUAGAACCGAAAAGGGUGAAAGAGAUACUACUAGGCCAGCCACUACAUGGCCUAAAUUUGGUUUACCUCCGAAUUAUUCUCCACCUCUUGCCACUGCUGCUAUGGUUGGUCAAACUUCACAGCCAGUAUUCCAAGCUCCAAUCAUCACUGAAUCUCAACCAAUUCUGCAUGCUACUACCCAAACCACUUAUGGAAAUCCUCUUUUUGAGUAUCAUGUUGCAGAUCAUCAAAGUGAAAGUCAAAGAGAAGCUGAUGAUAUUGAUGAAGUCAAAGAACAAUACCAAAUCUUGGAGAAAAUACUAAGAGCCAUGGAAGAUAGAGAAUAUAACCACUCUUCUGCCUCUUCCGCUAGAGCGAAAGGGAACAUCCUAAGCCUCUUUGCUUCUUCAGUGUGA